UUACUAUUCACAACACUAUUGGAACCAACGGUCAAUCAUCGUCACUGAUUUCAUAAUUUUUAUUUAUUUAUAUUUUCUAAAUAGUAUUUUCAACAAUGCCUACUUCUCUAAAACAUAGCAAAUACGCGAUAGUGUUUGCUUGAAAAUGGUCUGUAUAGACUUUAGUGAAGUGAGAUCUUGGCUUCAACAUCGUCGUCAGCAAGAUUAGAAAGGACACAAUGGAGAAACAGAAGAAGGACAAAUGGGAGGCUCUCGAGACGGUUACUUCUUUUGAUUUAGGUGUUUCAUAUAACAGCCACAAUGACUCCAUAUUCGAUCACAGCAGGCAACAAAUUGAUGUGUUCAACUCAACUGUCACUACACCAAUUAGCCUUUUGGUGCAGUCCCUGGUUAAACAGCUGUGUUCACUACUGGAGAAGGAUCAAAUGAGGGCCAACCAGCUGUAUAACACUAUCUGUGAAAAAUUGCACAGCAUGAAUCUCAUUGAUAAUUCCUAUUCCAUGGGAGAGUUUGAGGUCAUGAGGAGUCAGUACCAGAGGGCCCUCUAUCAGCUGGUGACAGUCACAAACGAAUCAGAAAUACCGAUAAGCAUACCUGCUUCUUGGCCAAUCAUGCAACCGUCGGCAUUAGAGUGGUCUCGUUACCACAGGGAGUUUGAGGAGUUAUUCUUCAUAGCGGGAGGUGGUUUUGGUUGCGUAUUCAAGGCCAGGCACAGGCUAGAUGGAGUAGAGUACGCUGUGAAGAAGGUCUAUAUAAAAUCUUGCGACGUAAACUCUAUAAUGAAUCAUUUAGCUGAAGUUAAGACACUGGCCAGCCUCAAUCACCCCAAUAUCGUGAAUUACAAAGCUGCAUGGCUCGAGCCAUUGAUACAGCCGAUCAAGGAAGCAAACAAGCUGUGCAUGGACACCGACAGUGACAGUGAACUGUCUGUAAUGCCAACGAAGUCGUCGGCGGCCCAUCCCAAGACCUUAUCGUCGUUCAAGACUCACAACUCUAAAGAAUUAACAACAAAGAAGAGUUAUUCGGACUUUGUUAUAUCUUUCAGGAAUUCAAACAGUUUGGAGGACAACAACAAUUCUUCGGACGAAAUCGAUGACACUGACAGUGAAGACGAUUAUCCAGGAGUCGAGGAGAAUGCUGUAUGCAAACUGUAUUCUAGUAAGGAGUUCGAAAACUGCUCACGUGUCAACCUGAAAUGGGCCACGUUGUACAUCCAGAUGACUUUCUGCCCGCAAACACUGAAGCAGUGGUUGGAUUUUCGCAACAAUCAAAUGGUACUUUCGAGAAAGAAUUCUGAAGAUUUCUCGUACCUUUCCGACUCGGAGUCCCCGUUAUCCCCCGACGUUGGUUACCCAGCCUCUUGGAGUCAUAUUGAUAAGCUCAUUGAGAUGUUCACCCAGCUUGUAUGCGGAUUGCAUUACAUACAUUCCAGAGGGAUUAUUCACCAUGACAUUAAGCCUAGCAAUAUUUUCGUGGUAGAAAGCGCAACUGAGUUGAGAGUGCUUCUGGGAGAUUUUGGUCUGGCGUGUCCAUUGCAGCAGUCUCAUAGAGGGAUGGCGCUAGGCACGCAGUUGUAUGCUGCCCCCGAACAACUGGAAGGCCAGUGUAAUCCUAAGAGUGACAUGUACAGCCUUGGAAUAAUACUUCUCGAGAUGGUGGAACCCUUUAGUACGGACAUGGAGCGAGUGAAAACCAUCACCGACCUGCGCAAGGGUCAAAUACCGGCACACCUCACUGCCAACUAUCCGAAGAUAGCUCACAUCAUCGGCAAACUGGUCCAGAGGCGACCCAGCAAGAGGCUAGAUACUCCCCAACUGCUAGAAGAGCUCAAGCAUUUAUCAGAGAACAAAGAUGACACCAUAAAGUCGCUGAAAGAAGAGUUGGCCGCUAAAGACGAGGAAAUAGCGCAUUUAAGAAUGAUGCUGGCUAAAAUGAACUCUAAAUCUUAGCGGUAAUGUACAGUUUAAGGUUUACUGAUUGAGAUGAGAUUAAAGAAGAAUUAAUUAGUCAUUAUAUUUAAUACCGGAAUGUUUUAAAUUUAAUUAUUUUUAAUGGCAAUCAGACAGAGUCCACAGACAAUAAAAACUUUGUUUAUUUA